AUGAGCGCCAAAGACCCAGCAGAUGCUCAGGCUAGCGAGCUGACGCGCACUGCAUCGUCAACGGACUUGUCCCAAGCGACGCCUGUGUCUCCAAAACCUUGGGAAAAGCCAGGACCGAUUGGAAAAGCUCGUCGAGCCCUUCGAACGAUUCAGCGAUAUGUCUGGGACGACCCAGACAAACCUAAAGAAGAAAGAUGGUUUCUCUUCAAGCUUGACAUUUUCCUCUUGACGGCCGCAUGCCUAGGCUAUUUCAGUAAGAAUCUGGAUCAACAGAACGUCGGCAACGCAUACGUCUCGGGCAUGAAAGAAGCGCUGAACAUGCAUGGUAGCGAGCUGACUUAUGCUGGUAACUGCUUUACCGCCGGGUAUGUUAUCGGUCAGAUGCCUGCUGUCAUGCUCGCAACUCGAGUGCGACCCUCGAUUCUCAUACCACUUCUUGAGAUCUUGUGGUCCAUCUUGACCUUCUGCUCUUCUUCCAUCACGAGUGUCCCUCAGCUCUACGCCAUUCGGUUCUUGGUCGGACUAUGCGAGAGCGGAUACUUCCCGGUCAUGAUAUAUCUUGUCGGCAGUUGGUACACGAAAGAAGAACGAGGCAAGCGGGUAGGCCUGUUUUACUGCACAGCGGCCUUGGCGGGCAUGUUCAGUGGCUACCUCCAAGCCGGUGCAUAUAGCGGACUAAAUGGUGUGUACGGCAAAGAGGGUUGGCAAUGGCUGUUCAUUGUGUGUGGAAUCAUAUCUUUGCCAAUUGCCUUCUUGGGCUUUGCAUUCAUUCCAGACUUUCCGGAGACGACCCGCGCCUUUUACAUUACCAAAGAAGAAGCAGAACGACAAUCCGAGGGGCAGAAACCGCUCGGACACAACCCAUGGAACCGAAAGAAAUUUUUCGGCAUCGCAAAGCAGUGGCAGUUUUGGGUGCUUCCGCUCGGCUACUGGUUCGUACAGAGCAGUUUUCCAAGCUACCAGCCUAUCAUGGGUUUGUGGCUCAAAGCGAACGGCCGGUCCGUGUACGAGAGGAAUGUUUGGCCCACUGGACAAGUCGCCGUCGGUGUCGUUGUACAACUUGUAGCUGGCGCUCUAUCCGACUCCCCACUGCUCAAAGGACGUCGCUGGCCAGUCAUUAUCGUCAUGCAAGCGGGCACGCUCAUUGGCAUGAUCAUCCUGGCCGUUUGGGAUGUUUCCAAGAACGUCAAGUAUUUCGCAUACUACAUUGCGUACUUUUCAGCUGGUGUUCCUGGCCCGUACUACGCGUGGUACAGCGACCUCAUCCCACACGAUCAUGAGAUGCGUGGCUUCGUGAUUGCAGCAUCGAAUAUGUUCAGCUACAUCAUGUCGAUAUGGUAUACUAUUGCCGUAUGGAGAACAGCAGACGCGCCUCGAUUCAAAGCAGGUUUCAUAGCAGCUUCAGUACUCGGUGCAGCGAUGAUUUCGCUGACGCUGAUCUUGAGGCUCCUGCAGCGCAAAGAUGACACGCGUCGCGCGCGUCAGGAAGAGGGACGAAGCGACAUCGAGGAGCCCGAACUUGCAAUCGGAGAAACGAGCCAGUUGGGUGACAAGAAUACCACAAAGGCGAAUUGA